ACAAAUAAAAAAGAAAGAAAAAAAGAAGAGUAGUUAGAAGACAACACAGAGAAGCAAAAUACAUAGUUUUGACCCCUAAAGCCAUCGGCGUCAUCACCAUCGAUCAUAUCUCCCUCUCCAAAACCCUAACAAUUUGAUUUAAUUGUAUUUCUAGAGAGAGAUAAAGAAUGGAUCCAGGGGAGUUGUGGGCGAUCUUUGGUCCUGGUUUCGCUGGUGCUGUAUUUGGUGCUGGUUGGUGGUUUUGGGUUGAUGCCGUUGUUUGCAGCGCUGUUGCUGUCUCUUUCGUUCAUUACCUCCCUGGUAUCUUUGCUUCCUUUGCAGCUUUGAUGUUCAAUUGUGUUAGGAAAGAAGAUAUUGAUUACUCUCCCUAUGAAGAAGGAGAGUGGAGAUUGAAGCUUUGGCUCUUCUUUGCAUACGUUGUUUCCUUCGUAUCCCUGGCAGCAUCGGUAGGUCUAUUGAUACAAGAUGCGCUUGUGGAAACUGGCCCCUCUGCCUGGACAGGCACGGCUGGUGUCUUGCAGUGUGUUUUCGUCUUGAUCAGUGGCCUCGUGUACUGGACGUCGCAUACAGAGUAACUGGGACGAACUGCAGUAAAUUCUGAGAGCAAAUUAUCAUCGUCUAUAGUUGUCCAAUUCAGCAAGUCCAAAGCAAAAAUAGAAAAUGCAAAAAGGUUUCAUCUAUCUUAAGUUGUUUUUCGUUCUGGAUGUUGGUGCAAUUUAUGUAAAUGUAUGUGUGGAGUUGAUUCUAUUUCAUGCUAACUGGGAGGUCUGGGAUGUAUUAAUUCCACUCUUGAUACAUAUGGUGGUUGUGGGGGUAAUGGAUGUUCUUCUUCGUGCAAGCUAUAAAAAGUUUUCGGGUUAGUAUCUUGAGAGUAAUUUUGCACGCAGACAACUUUUAAGAGUAAAUAUAAAAUAUACUGUAGAAAAUUAAGAGUAAGUUGGUAUUUAAGUUGAA